UAUAAUUUUUUUUAAGAAGUAAUUAAAAAAUAUACAUAUAGAAAUAAUAAAAUAAAAAUUGAAAGAAUUUCGCCGUUAAAAAAAGAAGUUACACGACGUAAUUUAAACAAUACCAUUUUGUGUAGUUGAUAUUAAAGAAAAAACCUAAAUAAAUUGAAGUGCCAGCUAAAAAAAAGUAACGAAAUAUUAAAUUAACAGGUUACAUUGGUUACACUAAUCUGUUAUCGCCAGCAUUAAUCUAGUGACAAAACAAAAAAAAGAAACCUGCACCAUGACAACUAAAGCUCAGGAUAAGCAUAAGAUGUCUGAAAUCGAUGAAGGUAUAUCGAAAAUAUUUGACAUAAAAAAGCGUUUAGGCAAGGGCGCCUAUGGUAUUGUGUGGAAAGCUUUGGAUAAACGCACCAAUGAAACAAUAGCUGUGAAAAAGAUUUUUGAUGCUUUUCGCGAUGAAACCGAUGCUCAGCGCACAUUUCGUGAGAUAAUAUUUCUUAAAGCUUUUCGUAAUCAUCCGAAUGUUGUUAAAUUGCAUAAUGUUUAUAAAGCUUCAAAUAAUUUGGAUAUUUACUUGAUAUUUGAAUACAUGGAAAGUGACCUGCACAAUAUUAUCAAAAGAGGCACCAUAUUAAAAGAUAUACACAAACGCUAUGUUAUGUAUCAAUUAAUCAAUGCCAUUAAUUACAUACACUCGGGAAAUGUGAUACAUAGAGACUUAAAGCCCAGCAAUGUCUUAAUCGAUAGCAAAUGCAGGUGCAAAUUAGCUGAUUUCGGUUUAGCUCGUUCUGUGGCAAAUCGUGCUUUAAGUGGCGACAAUACUGAUAUGGGCAGCGAUAAACCCGCAGAAUUAUUACUAACCGAUUAUGUUGCAACACGAUGGUAUCGAGCGCCAGAAAUACUAGUGGCUAGUAAAAGAUAUACCAAGGGUAUUGAUAUGUGGAGUUUAGGCUGCAUAUUAGCUGAAAUGAUACGGGGAAAACCUAUAUUUCAAGGCAGUAGUACCAUAAAUCAAAUAGAGAAAAUCGUUUAUACCCUGCCAGAUAUAACGGAGCACGAUAUACGUUCAGUGGGAGCGGGCUUUGGUUCGGUUUUAUUCAACAAACAAAUUUUAAAGGAUAAGAAAACCACACUGAAUGAUUUAUUAAGUGGUGCCACUGGAGAUGCAUUGGAUUUGGUUAAAUCUUUGCUAGUAUUAGACCCCAUGGGACGUUUAACGGCUAAUCAGGCAUUAAAUCAUUGUUAUGUGGAAAAAUUCCGGAAUUCAAUACCAGAACUAGAACUGAAUGUGGAUAUAUUGCCACCCUUUCGUGAUGAUGUACGCUUAAGUGUGCCCGAAUAUAGAUCAAAAUUAUAUGAAAUUGUACAAACGCAUGGUGAAAAAAACAGAUCAAUAGAUAGUAACAAAAAUUCCAUAAAUACAAUUAAAACCAGAGAACACAAGUCCUUGCAAAAUAUGCACGAAAAGUCGGAACAGAAAAAAAUUACAAAAAUAAAACAGCAUGCAACUAACACUUUGGAGGAUAAUCUGUCGCAAAGUAAUGGCAACCUAAAUACCCUAAUUAAUAGAGCCUUAAAGAAAACAACACCCAUAGCUAAAAAGAAAAGCACCAAAAGUAUAAACACUAAUAUAGGAGAACUUACAACAAAUGAUCAAAGAUAUCAUAUAAAAGAUGAUAGAUAUUUGCAGCGUAGUAAAUCACAUGGUUAUCAUCAACAACUGCAUAGACAAUUGUUAGAUAAUGGUGUUAAUACGGAAGUAGGUGAGUUAAAUGUAAGACGAUUUUCCACAAAUGAAUUGGACUUAUCGAAGCAAAAUGUAAGCACGGAAUCUCUCAAAAGAAGUAAUACUAGCAAACGACUGCAUCGCAGUGCCGUAGCUUUAAAUAAAUCAGAAAAUGAUAUGAACAGCAAAAUGGAACAAAUUACACAGCAUACACCACCUCCCACACUGAAGAAUUUCAUACGCCAAACAAAAUCUGAAGUUAUACCUUUGAAUAAUACAGCCAGUAGUGAAUCCUCUAAAGUUCAAGAACGCAUUUGCUAUGAAAGGCGUUUAAAGAAGCUGGAAGAUAAAAUCGAACGUUAUAAAAAUGAAGUGAAAAGUUUUUGCCGCGAAACAUUUAGAAAUACCCAACAAAACACCAAUGAUGAAAAAACAAAUUGUAAAAAUUAUAAUUUCAGAAGCACACCAAAGAAACUGACCACAACCACUACUAGCAGUAGUAAUACGCCCAUUAAAAACAUUUAUUUCCAGCUGCUAACCAAAGGUCAACAUCACGAUUAUCACAAAUCCGAUUUAGAUCUUUCGGGUAAUAGUGGCAACGGUAGCAGUAGCGAUCAUUUUAGAAACUCUUACAACUCAAACUCAUGUUCUGGUCGUAGCAAAACCUCAACAAAUGGCCACUAUAAAACUCAUAGUCUUCAAAGUCAUCAACAACAGCAACAAGACCAACUAUCACAACAAUAUCAUAUGACACAAAAGCAUCAAUCUCAACAUCGUUGUCCUAUAUCCAAAUUUGUUUAACAUCACAUCAAGUCACUAUAAAUUUAUUUUAUGAAGAACCCUUCAUUCUAACUCAUAUAUAACAUUAAAUAGCUAAAAAAAUACUUUUUUAAGUACAUAGGUACUAACUAACCACAUACAUAUAUUUUAGAAAUUAAACUGCCCAACUUUGUAAUAUUGUUGUUGUAUUAAACGCAGAAUAUAAUAUAAAUACAAUUAUAUUUUU